AGGCCAUUUUGGGUGGUUUUCAGCCCCGGAGGACCCCGCACCAUCGAGACUCCACCCAGAGCGGCCGCGUCGCUCCGCCCCGCGCAUGCGCGGAGGACGGGAGCGGCACAGAGCGGCGGAGGGCUGAACCGGGAGGCGGAACCGGAACCGGGAGGCGGAACCGGAACCGGAAGCGGCGCCAUGGCCGGAUACGCGGUGGCCAACGACCGGCUCCGGGUGCUGGAGGAGCUGGAGAGAGAGAUUGCGGCUGCGCUGCAGAGCGCGGGCCUGGUGAUCCUGGAGCUGUCCAAGGAGAAGCCAGGGGAGCGGCUGCUGGAGCGCCAGGCAGCUCAGUUCAGUGCUGCUGUGCUCAAGGUGGAGGCUGAGCUCUCGGCACAGAUCCGGUACCUCACACAGGUGGCCACGGGGCAGCCCCACGAGGGCUCCACUUACGGGGCCCGCAAGAGCUGCCAACUGGCCCUGAACCGCCUGGAUUACGCUCGGCUCAAGCUGGGGGACGUGGCCCGAGCCUGCGAGCAGCUCCUGGACGCCUGAUUUUGGGGCCAAACCCGACGAUUUCGGGGUCAAACCCCACGAUUUUGGGGCCAAAAACGACGAUUUUGGGGCUUUCAAUAAACUCCGCUGAGGGGA